AGGAAUCAGGAUCUGCUUUUUCAAAACAGCAGUUCAUCGAAGGAACUUUAUGGUCUCAAAAACAGGAUUUUUCUGCUUUCCAGGGUGAAAAUGGUCAGUUAUAAAGUGACUGUAUCUACUGCUUAUCUCGCUGGUGCCACCACUUUAAACAAUGUUUUUAUCAAGCUGGUGGGUACAGAUGGGGAGAGCGAACGCAAGUGGCUCAUGGGCAUCAAAGGAGCUUCAUCCUUCAUGAAAGGGAUGGUGUCUUGUUUUACCGUGUGCUGCCCCCUCUCCAUUGGAAAGCUGAUUCUGAUAGAGCUAAGCAAACAGCGCCUCCCAUUGUUCCCUGAAGACAACUGGUUCCCUGCCAAGGUGGAAGUGCAAUCCCCCGAGGGACACACCUACAACUUUCCCAUCUACCGCUGGAUCGCUGACAGUGAGGUGCAUCGCUUCAGAGAGGGAACAGCUCUGAGAGUCUGUGAUGACAGCCAUCAUCUUGGCAGGUACAGUCGGCAGCAAGAGCUGAGUCAACGUGAGAAAGACUAUUGCUGGGAUGUGUAUAAAGAGGGAAUACCCCACUGCAUGAAGGCAGAGAGCCCUCUUUCUCUGCCUUGUGAGGUCCGCUUCUCCUUCACCAAGACCACAGAGUUCUUUUUCACAGCAGCCACAGGGCUGACUGAGCUGCAAAUUAAAGGGCUGUCUAGUUGCAAGAAGAAGUGGAAUAAUAUUGAUGCUAUCAAUCGGGUUUUCUGCAACAAACGGACUAACAUAUCAGACUACGUCCAGAAACAUUGGAAGGAGGAUGCUUUUUUCGGCUACCAGUAUCUAAAUGGUGUCAACCCCAUCUUGAUCCGACGUUGUAAAGCUCUGCCUGAUAACUUUCCUGUCACUGAUGACAUGGUCUUUCUCCGUGGGAAAUGCAGCUUGGCAAAUGAAAUGAAGAAAGGCAACAUAUUCCUGUGUGACUACAAGCAGUUGGAUGGAGUGAAAACAAACACCAUCAAUGGGAAGAAGCAGUACAUGAUGGCUCCCCUCGUCCUGCUCCACAAAACACCCGAUGAUGAGCUGAUGCCAAUUGCUAUUCAGCUGAAGCAGACUCCAGCAGAAGACAACCCCAUCUUCCUCCCUACUGAUUCUGAGUACGACUGGUUGACGGCCAAGAUUUUUGUGAGAAGUGCAGAUUUCAACGAGCAUCAACUCAAUGUCCACCUGCUGCGCACUCAUCUGCUGGCUGAAGUGUUUGCAGUGUCACUGCUGCGCAACGUGCCCAUGGUGCAUCCACUGUACAAGCUCCUCGUGCCUCACACUCGCUACACUCUGCAGAUCAACUACUUAGCUCGAGCCUCUCUAAUAUCUAAGACUGGAGUUUUCACACAGUUUGCAUCCUCUGGUGGAGAGGGUAUGAUAACACUCCUGAAGAGAUCAUUGUCCUCAAUGACCUACACCUCCCUCUGCAUACCAGACGACAUCGCUGAGCGUGGGCUGGAGCAUGUGCCGAACUUCUACUACAGGGAUGAUGGACUCAAGCUUUGGGAUAUCAUCCACAGGUUUGUGCAGGGAGUGCUUGGCUUCUACUACAAGAAUGACGCUGAGGUCCAGAAAGACUCUGAACUGCAGAAGUGGAUUUCUGACAUUUUCGAACAUGGAUUCCUUUCCCAGGCAUGCACAGGAAUUCCACAGAGCUUUACCACCGUGGCUGAGAUGGUCAAGUUUGUCACCAUGGUGAUCUUCACUUGCUCGGGACAGCACUCGGCUGUAAACACUGGACAGUAUGACUAUGGCGGCUGGAUGCCCAACACUCCUUUAACACUGCAACUUCCUCCACCAACCACAAAGGGGACGACAAGCGAGGCCACGAUGCUGCAGACACUCCCUGAUAUCAACACAACAGUAAAGGGCAUGUCCACCUUGUGGCUACUCAGCAAGCAGUCCUCUGACUUUGUCGCUCUCGGCCAGUACCCAGACGACCAUUUCAGUGAGAAGAUUCCCCUCAAGCUGAUAAAGGAUUUUCAAGGAGAGCUUGAAGUGUUCAGCGCAGUCAUCAACGUUAGAAACAAGAGUCUGGACGUCCCAUACACAUACAUGGAUCCAAAGGUGCUGGAGAAUAGUGUGGCCAUUUGAACAUUAGAAGGUGUGACCUCCUCAGCUGGUGGCCAAAUUCAGCUUCAUAUUAAAAAAGAGAGAAAGGGAAGAAGUGUACUUUUAACUGAUACCACAGUGGAGAGAAAGUACUGCAUUUUAUCACUGUUUGCUGAUCUCAGAUUUUUAUACAGUCUGAGUGAUUUAACUGUGGUGACGAUGUACUGUGUAAACUUGUAAUCUACAUCCUAUCUACAUCUUAGUUUGCCAAUGAAUAUACAGAGCAUCUAAAGAAUACAAAUGUAAAAUACAAAAUUUGAAGAUGCUGCUUUGAGAAGUUUCUUAUAAAGACGUGUAUAUUUUAUGUAAAAUGUCACCAUUUGCAUGUUUCUGUCCUCACUGAACAAUUUUAUU